GUGUAAGUCAAGAAAACGUUAAUCUUGGAAUAGAAAGAACCAAAGGAUUAGAUCAGUCGUAAUAUAAAAUGCUUAAAGAUAGCAAAAGCUACAUUUACGUAUAUAAAAAUUACGCGAAGAUAUCAAUCAGUUGCUGCUUUUUCGCUCACUGCGUACGAUAAUGAAUCAAAGUCUCACACCGCUCCACGCAUGUAGCGAAAGUAGACACAACACAUUCGCAUAAGGGUCCACAUUUGAAUGGCGCAAAACUGUCUUUUUGCGACCAGUCUUCUAUAAAAAUAUAAUCAUCUAACUAUGUGAGCCAUAUAAAAGCUGCGCGAAACAAUUGUCUUAUCAAAGAGUAACAGCCGUCGUUUGAAUACGGACGCAUCAUGUAUCGGCUUGUGUGUUUAGUUCUUUUGUGUACAGCAGUAGCGUUUCCUACUGCGGAUAAUAGUGUGGAGCCUACAAUGGAAACAGCAGCUCGGGCGAUGGGAAAGAAUUGCUCCAGCGGUAUCUUCAGUGUCACUUGCUUGAAAAUAGAAGCCAUAUCAGCGCUUGAGAAGCUAAGUUCCAAGGAAGAAUUACAACUGCUACCAGGGAUAACUGUCGUUAAGGAAAAGAACGAAAAUGGGAGCAAUGCUAAAGAGUUUGCUGCUGAAUUAGCGAGAGCCAUGCCGAAUAAACCUGAUGAGCGUUUAGACAAAUACCUCCUUUACACAUUAGGGAAUUAUUUAGAUACUCAUUCAGUGAAGCUGAGGUUGCUAGAUGAUAGUGCCAGUGAGGAAGCGAGGGCUAUGAUUGGGGAGGCGAGGAGGAAAGGGGGUAUCGGAGGGGGGAAAAAAGGAGGAAUGGGCGGACUCAUGGCUAUGGGGAUGUUAAUGAAAGGCACCCUCAUGAGCAUCGGACUCGGCGGCCUCGCUAUGCUCGCCGGCAAAGCUCUUAUGACGGCCAUGAUGUCUCUUCUCCUCUCCGCCAUCAUCGGCAUCAAAUCCCUCUCCUCAGGAGGAAAAUCCACCACCUACGAGAUCGUCUCCAAGCCGGUCUACAGUCACUCUCACAGUCACUCAACAGCGCAUGAGGAUGUCGGCGGUGGAUAUGGACAUUCGGGUUACGGAAGGAAUUUGAAUGUUAGGAAACGUUAAGUUAAUAUGAACGAAUAAUUUAUUGACUAUUUAUUGAUUAGGUUAAGACAUGGUUAAUUUUUGCUUAUUAUGCUUGAUGUGGAAAGUACAAAUGAGCUUAGGGACCUUGGAAAAUAGUUUUUUUUUCAUGAAAAGAAAAUGAAAUGUAAAACAGAUUUUUUUGUACUUGUGGUCAUAGAGCACUCUUUAUUUUGUAUAUAUUCAUAUUUUAUUUUGUUUUUAUUUGGCUAUAUUCAUAUUUUAUUUUAUUUUAUUACUUUAUCUUCAUAUUAUAUUUCUUUGUAUGUAUGUACUUUUGUAAUUUAUGGUAUAGAGCAUUUUAACAUUUUAAAUAUUUUUAAUUUAUUCCAUAUCAUUUUUUAUAUAUUCCAUUAUUACUAAUUAGAUAUUUUGAUAAAAUAAGUAUAUUAUUUUACAAAUAUAUUUCAUUUGCAAAAAUAGAUUAUAUUCAUAUUCGUAUUAAAUAAUAUACAGGAAAUAAUUUUAUUCAUAUUUCUCGUAUCGUAUUAUAACAACCAACGUAUAUACCUAUGUAUUUAUUUAUUACUAUUUUUGUAAUACUUAUUCAUUUAAACGCAUACAUAAUAUUAUACAUAUUUACAAUUCAUUUAUAUACGUAUUGUUGUUUUUUUUAAUAAUUAUUUCAUUACAGUGGAACCUGGAUAAUUGCAAUCUCAAGGGACCGGCCAGUUUUUGUCAAUUAACCAGGUUUUUCAUUUAAGCAGGUCGUGUCAAUUAACGAGGUUCAUAAAAUCGUUGUGUCAAUUAUAGAGGUUUUCAUUAAUAGAGGUUGCGUUCUGACAAAUUUCUUUUAUGGAGGUGCAAAUAACCAUUUAAAGUAGAUUUACACGCUUACGUUCUGGGUAUCUGGUCUAUAUACUGCUUCUGUCUAUACUUGAUGCACUUUUACACUACAUUAUUACCACAUUAUUUUCUUAUCAUUUGGGUUUAAAAAAUUCCCUUGAAUUGUAGAAGAAAGUUUUAUUAGAAUAUAAAAAGCAUACUUUGUUUUUUAUUGAUCAAAACUAUUUCACCUACUAAAGGCUGUGAUAGACACCCAAUAAAUAAAUUGAAUUCGGGAUGGAGAUAUAAAUAAAAUGAUCAUUGCUAUUAAAAUAUUGUUUCUGCUGUCUACAACUACAUUAUUUCAAUUCCAGAGGUAAUAAGUAAGACUCGUUUCAAUAAUAGAGGUAAAAACAAGGGCAAAAAUAACGUAUUUUUUUAGCACAGUGUCAAUUAUAGAGGUCUUAAGUUACGAUGUGGUCAAUUACAGAGGCAAAAUUACGAAAAGCACUAAAAUCUAAAUUGCAAUUAUAGAGGUUCCAAAAUUUCAAUUAUAGAGGCCUUUUGGUCUCAAGGGACCGGGACCGGACUUUUGGUUGCAAUUAUUGAGGUUUUCCCUUUAUCCAGGUGCCAAUUAACCAGGUUUCACUGUAUUUAUAUUUGUACUAUUUGGUGAUGCAUUACUUUAUGUAAAUAGUUAUUUCUGUUUGUAUUAUUAUUAUUUGUGAUAGUUUUUUUGUAGUUAAUAUAUAUAGUAUUUUACACAUCUAAUUUGAAUGUAAUAUAGUUUAUUUACAUAGGAUUUUAUAUAUUGUAUACAAAUUGUUUUUUACUUACAUUAUAUUAUUUGUUACAAGUCAUUAUAUUAUAUUUUAAAAGACUGCUAUUUAUUAUAUCUUAUAAUUUAAAUGUUGCAAUUGUUAAGGGUUACUCGUACCUGCAUAGUAUUAUUAUGUAUUAUAAUUAUAAGUUUUGUAUAUAUGUUAAA